GCAAAAUCUGCCAACACGCCUGCGCAAGUGAGCGUGCCCCGGAAGCAGUUCUUUGCCCUGUAACACGUAGCAACCAGGCCAGCUCAGGGUUUUCAGCUGAGGUCGGGGGUUACUUGGGGCUGCUGGAGCUACUGCCGCUGCCUCCGCUUUUGAUCAUUUGCAAUGUCAGGCUUUGAUAACUUAAACACGGAUUUCUACCAGACAACUUACAGCAUCGAUGACCAGUCACAGCAGCCCUAUGAUUAUGGAGGAAGUGGUGGACCCUAUAGCAAACAUAAUGCUGGCUAUGACUACUCGCAGCAAGGCCGAUUUGUCCCUCCAGACAUGAUGCAGCCACAGCAGCCAUAUACCGGGCAGAUUUACCAGCCAACUCAGGCAUACACUCCAACUACACCUCAGCCAUUCUAUGGAAACAACUUUGAGGAUGAGCCACCUUUAUUGGAAGAAUUAGGUAUCAAUUUUGACCAUAUCUGGCAAAAAACACUAACAGUGUUACAUCCAUUAAAAGUAGCAGAUGGCAGCAUCAUGAAUGAAACCGAUUUGGCAGGACCCAUGGUUUUUUGCCUUGCCUUUGGAGCCACAUUGUUACUGGCUGGCAAAAUCCAGUUUGGCUAUGUAUAUGGGAUCAGUGCAAUUGGAUGUCUAGGGAUGUUUUGCUUAUUAAACUUAAUGAGUAUGACAGGUGUUUCAUUUGGUUGUGUGGCAAGUGUCCUUGGAUAUUGUCUUCUUCCCAUGAUCCUACUUUCCAGCUUCGCAGUGAUAUUUUCUUUGCAAGGAAUGGUAGGAAUCAUUCUCACGGCUGGAAUUAUUGGAUGGUGUAGUUUUUCUGCUUCCAAAAUUUUUAUUUCUGCACUAGCCAUGGAAGGACAGCAACUGCUAGUAGCAUAUCCCUGUGCUUUGUUAUAUGGGGUCUUUGCACUAAUUUCCAUUUUUUGAACUGAAUUUAUCUGGGAUGUGGACAUCAUUGGGCCAAAUACACAGAAAAGACUUCGGACCCUUAAAUUGGACCAGGAAACUGCUACAGUGCAGCUCUCAUACAGACCUAACGUUUGACUAUUGGAGCAGUGGAAGUAAACAUGUAUCUUUUGUUCAUUUUUAUGGAACUUUUGAAUACUAUAUUUGAUUUACCUGAAGUAUCACUAGCUGUAAAUGUUUGUGCUUAUACAAAUAAGAAGUGCUAUUUCUUCCCUGUUCCUGCAGCCUUUGAAAGACAGCUUUUUUUCUUGCAAGUUGUAUUAUGAUGUUUUGAUAAAUUUUUAUCAACUGUGGGAGACUAACCACAGAGCUGAUAAUCUUUCUUAAAAACAACCCAGUCGUAGUAAAGAAGACACAAGACUUAUUGCAGAAAUAUUUUUUGAAGGAAUUAAGAAAGAAAAAUUACCUGUAUUCUCAAGUCAGAUGCACUUCAAGCAAAAAAGUGAUCCCAGUGUAGAGUUUGAGUUUGCACUUCAAAAAUUUGACAUUCCUUUAAAUUAUCUCAUGGAAAUUUUGCUAAAAUUCAGCACUACAAGAAGCUCAGUCUACCUUAUUGUAGACAGGAAAUGUGACACCUGUUUGGAUAGCAGCGUUAACUAAACCAUAGUGACCUAGACUGGCCACGUAAAUGCUUAUAGUUGGAUCUCCAUGUUUCCCAGGAAAAAGAAAAUUAACCUUUUUGAGAAAAAUAUUUAAAAUGUCACAAUUUCAGUUUUGCAGUUAUCAAUGUAAAGUACAUUUGAUGCUUAUUAAUUAAAAUUUUCCCAGUUAAUUUUAA